AAUCUUUGACAUUUUUCCCCUUUCUACCUUCUUCUUCAAUGGCAUUGAUCCAGCAUGCUUUGGUUUCUGGGACCUCUGCGGUUCGAUUGAGCUUCUCAUCCUCCGUAUCACCACCGUCGUCUUCUCCUCCGCCGUCAAGGGUUUCUCUCCAAUUUCAGUCGGAGAAGAAGACUUGUUACCGGAGAAUGAUAUGCAGAGGUAUGGUUCAAGACGCCGUUCAAGGGAUUCCUUCGGUUUACGCCAGAGAAAUAGAGCGUCUCUCUGCUAAGGAAUCACUUAUUCUCGCCUUCAAUGAUUCUGGAGGAUUCGAGGCUUUAGUUACAGGGAAGAUCACUGAUGUGCAAAGAUUAAUUGGAAAGACUGAAGAUGACAUUCUAGUGUUGACCUACAAGCUUUACCACCAGGAUCAAAAAACCAAAUUCAGUCUUGAGCAUGUGUGGAGAAUCUUCAAGACUGAUCAUAAAUGGUGCAAUUGGUGUGAGACAAAAAUCAAACCAGUCAAUAAGAAAGCUAAACUUUCUGAGGUAGAAGAAGAGAGUGUUCAAAGGCCUAUAGGGGUCAAGGCAGCGAAGGCUUUAGCCAAGUCCAAAGGUAAGGGAAAGAGCCAAGUUUUUGUGGUUGGUUCCGUGGCUGAACUUCAUGGUUUGUGGAAAGUGAAGAAGAAAGAUUUUGCUGUCAAAGAGAGACUCUCUAAGCAUAAGCUCUUUGACAGCAUUCUUGGAAGGUCUGAUGAUUUGAGUGACAUGGAAAUUAGCCUUAAGAACACUCUUAUCAAAGAGUAUCUGUUUGGAAGUAAUGAGUUUGUAUUUGAGAAUGAGUAUUCUGGUCUGUAGGUAUGGAUUGUGGGUUAAGUUUUUUGCUUACUUAAUUAUGUAAAUAUGUAGUAUUAUUUGAUCUGAUUGUCUUCUUUGCUUAAUUAUGUGUAGGAACUCCUCUGAAAUCUAGUGGUGUAGGCAAGGAAGAAAAGGAAAGGAAUCUG